AUGGCAAAUUUAACUUACACGAUCAAUAUUACUAAAAACGAUGCAUUUACUCUUUCACCAGUGACUUAUUAUUAUAUUUUAUUGGGAAAUCGAAUUGGUACAAUACUCUAUUCGAUUAUCUAUAUUUUAGGAUUUGUCGGUAAUGCGUUUGCAUUUAUUACAUUUUCCAAUUCCCGUAUGCGUCUCAUAUCAAGUAGUAUAUUUCUACUAAUACUUUCCAUAAGCGAUACAAUUGCCCUUAUAACCUCCCUAUGGUUCUUUUUGGGCGAUGCAUUUUCUAUUCAAUUGCAAAAUUAUUCGGCACUUGCAUGUCGUUUUCGUACAUUUUUUGCGUAUGUUUUUAUGGAUUUAUCAUCCUGGUGUCUAGCCGGUUUAGCACUAGAUCGUUUCCUGCGUACUGAAAUACCGUUGCGUGCUAGAAUAAUAUGUACGCCACGCAAUGCAAUGAUAAUGAUAUCAAUAUGUUUUCUUGUUCUAUGUGGUAUAAAUGGACACUAUUUUUCUCCCGGUAUAGGGCAAGAACGAGGUGGAAAUCGAACAACAGCACAUUGCUUAGAAAAUCGUGAUGAAUUUCCAAAAUAUUAUUAUUUUUACAAAAUAAUUUGGCCAAAAAUUGAUAUGAUUAUUUUUUGUUUUCUACCUGCUUGUAUUAUGAUAUUUUGUAAUGUACGCAUUAUUCAUAUUCUUCGACGAAAUCGUCAUCAUUGUGAAAGUCAAGGACAUGAAAAUGAAAAAAUUAAAAUAACAAAUAUUCAACAAGCACUAAACGGUAAUAGUCCAAAAAGGAAAAAUCAAUCACGUCGAAAAGCAAUCGAACGACAAAUGUCAUUAAUAAUGUCAUAUUGUGUCGUUAUUUUUCUUUGUACAACCGUGCCUGUUACAAUUUAUCUUAUUUUUAUUGAGCAAUUUGUUGUCCAUCAUCCAAAUCUAGCACGUAAUAAUGUAUAUUAUAUAUUCGCAUUUCGUCUGCUUCGUGCAAUAAUGUACGUACAUUUUGCUUCGAAUUUUUAUUUGUAUUGUUUAACAAGUAGAAUAUUUCGUGAUGAAUUUUUAAAAACGAUAACUUGUCGAAGAUACAUUAUUAAAGAAAGUCUAGACGAUGGAACAAGUUUAGGAUUGAAUAAAAUAGGUGAAAUAUCAACUGUGUAA